ACGGGUCGGCGGCCUGCACUAGCGGAGAGCUGCGGGCCCUCUUCCAGCAGUACGGGCCCGUGGUGGAGUGCGACGUGGUGAAAGACUAUGCAUUUGUUCACAUGGAGAAAGAAGCAGAUGCAAAAGUUGCCAUCGAAAAUCUUAACGGAAAGGAAGUGAAAGGAAGAAGAGUCAAUGUGGAACUCUCUACUAAUGUUCAGAAAAAGGGAGCAGGACAAAAUGCCCAGGCAGGCACCAAUGCUGACAAGAGCAAGAGAGCAAGUGUGGACUAUAGAGAGAGAAAUCAACCCAAGAUAGAUGGUUAUGAGCAGUUUAGGCCUACAGACUCUACUUACCAGUCAGUCUCUGCAGGAUACACUGCAUCCUCAGUCUACGAGUACCAGCAGCGUUUCGGUGGCGCCAACACUUCAAGCAAAUACAACUCCUUUGAUACUCAGAUAAGGCAAGCAUCUCCCUCAUAUUUUGGAAGGGACAGAAGCCCAAUUCGACGAUCACCAUCAAGAACCAGCUUUGUCACUGUGUCGCUACCCAUGACAGCACAGCCAGCAUCCUACAGAGCUCAGCCAUCAACCUCACUGGGUGCAGCCUACAGAGCCCAGCCCUCUGUAUCACUCGGAAUGUCUUACAGACCCCAGCCAACAACAGGACAGGCAGCCUCUUACAGAGCCCAGCCCUCCGCCUCACUUGGAAAUACUUACAGAACCCAGUCCUCUGUCUCACUAGGAGCUUCUAAUUCCCAGCCUGCAGCCUCAUCACUAAAUUCCUACAGUGCUCAGGCUGCUGCUUCUUACAACACCCAGGCUGUAGCUUCUCAGUUAGCCUCUUAUGGGGUUCAGUCCACAGCAACACUAGCAUCAUCCUAUGGAGCUCAAUCUUCAGCCACGCAUGCAGCUUCUUAUGGUACUCAGCCUAUGGCCGGUUACUCAUCCUAUGGAGCUCAGCCGACAGCCACGCAUGCAGCUGCUGCCUAUGCAGCUCAGCCUGCAGCUGGGCAUACAAACACCUAUGGAGCCCAGCCUGUGGCCACACAUGCAGCUGCUUAUGGAGCCCAGCCUGCAGCAGGUCACUUGGCUUCUUAUGGAGCCCAGCCUGUGGACAGCCACUCAGCCUCUUAUGGAACCCAGCCUGCAGCUAACCUCUCAGCCUCAUAUGGUGCUCAGCCUGUGGCCAGCCAUUCAGCCUUGUAUGGCACUCAGCCUGCAGCUGCUCUCUCAGCUUCAUAUGGUGCUCAGCCUGUUGCCGGUCAUUCAGCUUCAUAUGGCACCCAACCUAUGGCCAGUCAUUCAGCCUCGUAUGGUGCCCAGCCUGCAGCUAUGCUUUCAGCAACCUAUGGCACCCAGCCUGCAUCCACUCUGGCUGCAUCUUACAGCAAUCAGUCUGCAGCAGCUUCCUACAAAUCACAGGUUUCUGCUCCACUGACGACACCCUAUAGAACACAGUCUUCAAACUCAAUGUCAGCUUCAUAUACAGCACAGCAACCCUCUUCUGUUCCCUUGGCAGCCGCUUACAGAGCUCAGCCUGUGACUGCAUAUGAUGGGCCAACCCAGCUUGGACAACAAGCAAACCCGUAUUUGGGACUGUCUCAGUCUUCUGCUGCCAUCGCACCACCAUACGAACGCACCCGCCUCUCUCCUCCACGGAGUGCUGGGUAUGAUGAUCCUUUCAAAAAAUCAUCUGCUUUGGCUAAAAGGUACAGUUCCGACCGCCGUUUAUCUGACCUCUCAGAUUACCGUCGUUUAGCAGACUCGCCACUUGUGUUCCGUCAUUCGCCGACAAAGUCCCCGCUGGAUUAUCGCCGUCUUCCAGAAGUGCAUUCCGAUUAUGCCCGCUAUUCGGGUGCCUAUGGCGAUUAUAUGCAUACUGCUCGACUACAUUCAAAUUUUCAGCGCCGCCUAAUGAUCUGAAUUUAUGAUCUCAAGAAGAACCCGUGUUGCGAUCCCAGGAACGAUGUAGAUGGCUGCUGCACAUUGUCUUUGAAAGUUGAAGACUCGAGUUCCUUCGUGCUCCAGUAGGGCUAAGAAUGCCAUAGCAUACCUGGAAUCGUUUUUUGCUUGCGACUUCUGAUGCUUCAUGUCUCCAUUAGUAAGACAUAAGUUGCAGAUGCAGGAUUUCUAAUAAAUGCAAUUUACAAUGA